GCGGGUGUUUCUGACUUCACGCGUUUGCGUCUCUUCUUCUUCACGCGCACAGAGGAAGAGGAGGCAGAAAAUGGCGGACGGUGUUGACCACAUCGAUAUUUACGCGGAUGUGGAAGAGGAGUUUAAUCAGGAAUCCGAUUAUCCUGUUCAUGAGCAGAUUGACCUGUAUGAUGAUGUCAUCUCGCCAUCUGCCAAUAAUGGGGAUGCUCCCGAGGACCGCGAUUACCUGGAUAACCUGCCUACACCUGGGAAUGCCGAGAGUACCAAAGGGGCUCCACCAAAUGUUGUCUACACCUACACUGGCAAAAGGAUCGCUCUGUACAUUGGCAACCUCACAUGGUGGACCACAGAUGAGGAUUUGACGGAUGCUAUCCGCUCAAUAGGCAUCAAUGAUGUACUGGAGCUCAAGUUUUUUGAAAACAGAGCAAACGGACAGUCUAAAGGGUUUGCUCUGGUCUGUGUGGGUUCGGAUGCAUCUUCGAGGAAGCUGAUGGAUCUGCUGUCUAAACGGGAGCUGCACGGACAGAACCCAAUCGUCACCCCGUGCAACAAACAAUCGCUCAGUCAGUUUGAGAUGCAGUCUCGAAAAAGCACACAGUCAGGGCAGAUGUCAGGAGAGGGGAAGGCCGGGCCACCAGGGCUACGUGGUGGCUUCCCUCCUGGCAGGGGUCGAGGGCGUUUUCCUGGCCCACCUGGUCCAGGAGGAGACUGUUUCCCAGGGCAGCUUGGACCUGGUGGACCUCCACCACACUUCCCAGGUAUGCAAGGACCGCCCCGUCCUCCAGGUGGAGGUCCACCUGGGCCUCCAGGACCCCCUGGCCCCCCUCGACCUGGUCAAGGUCUGCUGCCUCCCCUUGGCGGACCUCCAAACAGAGGAGAUCGCCCUCCUCCACCUGUUAUGUUUCCUGGUCAGUUUGGUCAACCUCCUAUGGGUCCAAUGCCUCCUGGCCCACCCCCACCUGGAUUCGGCCCUCCCCCCGGACCCCCUCCCCCUCAACAGGGCCCACCCCCUCCGGGACCCUUCCCUCCCCGCCCUCCUGGUCCCUUAGGACCCCCUCUUGGCCUCGCACCACCCCCGCAUAUGCAGGGACCCCCGCCUGGAGGGCCCCCACCGGCCCCUCAUGUCAAUCCAGCCUUUUUCCCACCACCCGGAAACAACAACAUGCCAUCGAACGACAGCAGGGGCCCACCACCCGGUGACCCGUACGGACGCCCGCCUCCAUACGACCGCGAUUAUGGCCCUGGUGGCAGUAACUUCAGACGCCCUGUAGUACGUGGUUUUGAGCCCUGGAUAAACGAGGGGCUGGUUGAUGUGAAAAACUCUGGCCAGCAUUUGCACAAUACAAGUGAUCAAGGGGACAUGGAUGCAUCUCGCACUCCUCUGAGUGAAGCGGAGUUUGAGGAGAUCAUGAAUCGCAACAGAGCGAUCUCCAGCAGUGCCAUUUCCAGGGCUGUAUCGGAUGCUAGUGCAGCUGAUUAUGGCAGUGCUAUAGAGACUCUCGUGACGGCCAUUUCUCUGAUCAAGCAGUCGAAGGUUUCAGCUGAUGACCGCUGUAAAGUUCUCAUCAGCUCACUGCAGGACUGUCUACAUGGAAUCGAGUCCAAAUCCUACGGGUCUGUAUCAAGCAGACGGGAAAGGUCGAGGGAGAGGGACCACAGUCGCUCUCGUGAGAAGAGCCAUCGGCACAAAUCUCGCAGCCGAGACCGUCACGAGGACUAUUACAGGGAGCGAAGCCGCGAAAGGGACCGCCAUCGUGACCGCGACCGUGACCGCGAGAGAGACCGCGAGAGAGACCGAGAGCGUGGGAGGGAAUAUCGCCACCAUUAGUUGGAGAGGAAGCUGAACGCAAGAGGAGGAGGAGAGACAGACAACCGGAGCGCCGUGGAUUCAUCCGACCGCUUCCCUCAUCACGACACCUGGACUCCGGCUUCACUCUGCAGCGCUACAGUAGAGUUCUGUAAAAUAUGAUAUAUGAUAAACUCGCUCUUAAUUCCCAACCGCUUUUUAUUUUUUACUUUUUAUUUGAAAGUAGCUGUGUGCUAAAAGUAAGUGCAGCUUGAUGAAAAUGACUUGCCUGCUCGAUUCAAAACACAGAAAACAACUUUCCGACUGCUAUGAUGUGUAAAUUGUCAGUAAGCUAGUUUUGUUUUUAUAGGACAAUUUUGGUUUCAUGUUUUCUCCCUUUUCCCCCCUCGUCCAUUAUAAUGUUUGUAAGUGUCUUUUGCCUUGAUUAUUAAAUAGAACCUGUGUUGUAAUAAAGUGUGUUUUGGGGUUGCUGCUUGUUCAUACUCCAUUUCUUAAUCGGCUAGUUUUGUUUUUGUUUUAGGCAGACAUUUUACCAAACCAAUGUUUUAGGAUGAAUAUCACUGAAUCAACUCUGUUUUUAUUUAUUGUUCAUAAAUAUGCACAUUUCAAGAGCUAGAUUGGUGCCUUUAAAUGCUUUACAAUUGUGCCUUUUCCGAUUUGACAAUUUAAAGAGGGGUAAACUUUGUCGGGAUUUGAACACCUAUGAAAAUAUUAGCUCAUUCCAUAAAUGUUUUUGUCUCUGUAGAUUAUCAGGAAAAUCCUCGUUGUGGAUUGCUGAGUUUAACGAUUAGCAAAAUGGUUUUGUUAAUGUUGUUUUGAAAUUGCAACCACGUUUUUAAAAAUUAAAAUAUGCGGAUCAGUUUGUUUUCCAGUUGUAAAAUAACAAAUAAUGUUGUAGUUUCAGGCCUUUCUUAUUUUCCCCUGUUUUUAAAACAUAAUUCGAUCCAUUUUAAAAUAUUCUGCGUUUGUAAUUGGAUUUUAACAUGUCUAAUGCGUCGGACACAUUGCCCCAUUGAAAAAUGUUUUACCUAAUGCACAUACUUGGUUCAUGCAGUUUGUGUACAUGCAGGCCAAUUUGUGAUCUCUUGAUACUGUUAAAGAUUACUAGAUUUAUUAUUUGAAGUUUUGAAGCUGACAUUGAUGGCAGUGUUUAAUUUAUCCCAGUAUUUAGAAGGUUAAAAAGGGUUAAUCUUUAGGUUUAAAAACUCGAUUUAAAUUUGUCCAUGGAUAGAUAUGUCUCAGAGUGUGUACUUCCUACAUUUAGGAACUGUCAAAUGAAUACCUCAGAGUAUAUAUUCAAGUACUUCAUCUUCAAUAUUUGAAUAGGUUACAAGAGAUUUAACAGGUGUGCUUGAACUUCUGAUAUUGACAAUGUCACUGACUUGCUGUGUGCAUGUGCAUUUGGUCAGUUUUUAUCUGUUUACGUGAAAGAUUAGGUGUAAAUUCAAUUCAACCACAUUUUGUGAUUGGUUUCAGUGGAUUCACAUGACUAGUAUAAGGUUAUAUUAAAAGAUGCAGUUCUCUGACUACUGUUGGAAUAUUUAUAGUGGUUUAUGCAUCCAGUUAAUCUGCUUUUGACGUGGAAAAGCUACAUGGUGUGUCCCAUCUUCAUGCUCAAAUCAUCUGGAUAAAGAGGUAAGUUGAUUUUGCCUUUAACAUUUCUCUAAAAUGGCUAUGAAUGUGUUUUUCAGGUUGCCCCAAGCGUUGUAUCUCUAUUUAAUUGAAUUCCACCUUGCAUUACAAAUGAAUUGUCUUCAGCUUCUGAGUUUCAAAUUAUUUUCAGUUUCUAAUGGGUGGCAUUGUUUGUACACAAAGUCCAGUGCAUUAAAUGCAUGCUCAAUAUGAGCUACCAAAUGUAUCCUCUAUAAGAUAUAUUCAGAGUUAAAUUCAAAUUUCAACAUUUUUUCCCAUCAAUAAAAACAUUUCCAAACAA